AAAAAUAACAGUAUCCUUUGUAUUGCACAGACUAAAUCAAACAACAAACACUCCAUUCACUCCAAAAAGAAGCAUAGAUAUAUAGAUAUUAAAGAUACAAUUGCUAUUAGCUUUAAAAUAUGUCUCGUUUUACUUUACUCUGCAAUGUUCUUUCCGCAAAUUUGUCCUCUAUUAACACCCAUUUGAUCAAUUACGUCUAUUUGAAGUAUCACGAAAAGCUCCCUAAAAACUUAAAGAAAACCAUGUUGAGCUCAGCUCGAGCCAGGAUUAUACCUACAAUCAUCCACUCACCAAAAAUAAAGAGCGUCUCAUUUGAAAACCGUUACGAUUAAGGUCCUGUUUUCUUUAGAACAAUAAUCAAUAUAUGUGUUUGUUCUUAUUGAGCAUUUGGGGCAGUUUUAUUCUG